AUGGAGGAUAAUAAUGAUGAUACCAGUGUGAAUGAGUUUGAACUGUUUCCCUUAUUUUCCAACGAUUUAACUAAAGUUCAACUUAAUGAAGAAAUAGUAGAAGAAACUAAAAUUAGUCGACCUAUCGAAUAUUAUAAAUAUACAUGUAAUAAAUUACAAAGAAAAGAAUUUGAACAAGUAGCUAUUGAUGGUGAUAGUAUUUUUAAUAAUAAAGAAGAGCCAAUUAGUAUGUUUGCGCAAUAUCAUGGACGAGUCAUAGAUUUAAAGAGAUAUAAUGAUGAAGUGGAAAAAAAUAAUCAAGAUUUAAAAAGGAUCAAAAAACGUCGAAUGGGCCAAAAGCAAAGAAAGGCUAAACGAUUGGCACAAAUGAAUAUAUUGAAACGUAAAGAGAUUAGAAAGAAUAUAAAGAAAUUAAAGAGGAAGAAUGAAAAAAAAAUGAAACCUAUCUUCCGAACAGAAGGUUAA